CUGAGUGUCCGUUGAGAGGGCAACAGAACUCCAGGAGCGCAAGAACAACUGCUAGCUACUCCGCUAGGCGGCAGAGUAAGGCAGCCAAUUUGCAGGCUUUAGUGCUUUACUACUCGUGGGCAAGCAAAUGGAUCAGCAAGGCCAAUCUUCCAGCGGUUCGGACGAUUCUCACGUCGUAGAGAUGGUUCAGCUGGCCAAUGAGCUGAGAGGUAAAUUAGACGCCCUGAACUCACACCAGGCGCAGCUCAGCGGAGGGCGCCCUCCUCGUCCCAUCGACAUCGGCAGGGUCCGCGACCACACGCGUAACGUCGACAACGACGAGUACGACCCUGACCACGUCGCCAUCGGCCCGUACAACUAUCCUCGACAGCACCUCGCCAUGGAGGACGAUAAGGUGAUGAGCAUCCACACGGUGCUCACGGCAGCGAAGGCUUUGAGACCAGGCGUGACGGUGGAGGUGGACGACUACAUCAACGAGCUCGCAUGCCUCGAGGAAUCUGUGAGGAACUGCUACGCCGACGCGUAUGUUGACAUGACGAGCGGGCAAUUCGUGCGCAUGCUCCUCCACGACGGCUGCUACAUACUCUCCCGCCUCGUGGGCCUCCAACUCGGAGCACAACCCAUGGCCGAUGCGGCGGGGACUGCAAAUGCAGGCGUCCUGUCAGCCAACAGGCCGGUGCCGCUGGCCGUGCUCCGUGAUGUGUUCUACCUUGCAGAGAACCAGAUACCUUUUUUUGUCCUUGCAAAGAUUGGGGAGCUGACGGGUUUGGACGGUAACGAUCGUGUGAUUACACAGAUUGCCAAGUAUGCUCUCGAUCUCAUCAGGGGACAAAAGUACGCGAUGGCAGCGCCGGACAUGGAGCCGACGGUGCCAGGCAAUCUUCUCCAUCUUCUUCAUAUGCACUUGAAGCCUGUGGCACCUACGGUCUCUCCUGCUGUCGCACCGGCCAACGGCGUCGACCCCGAGCCCGUGCGCCGGUGGCGCUCUGCGUCGGAGUACUACUUCGCUGGGGUAAUGUUCAAGCGUCGAGAAAUGAGCGAGACCGGACACACACGGUGCAUCCUCGACGUGAAGCUGAGCAGCGGCAGUGGCACGCUGGAGGUCCCUUGCUUGGACAUCGACGCCGAGACAUGGCGCCUGCUGCGCAACUUGAUGGAGCUGGAGCAGCAGAACCGGGAGAAGGUCGGGAGCCACGUCACAGCAUACUGUGUGUUCAUGUCCCAAUUGGCCUGCACCACAAAGGACGUCGAGCUGUUGACGAAGAGACGCGUCAUCGUGCAUGGCCACGGCAACAAUGAUGAGGUGGCCAAAUGCUUCGCCGACCUCUGCAAGGGUAUUGUGUUUGACCCUAACGACGCCCAUUGCAACUAUCUGCGGGAGACAUGCUCCAAGCUGGAGAAACGUUUCUUAAGCAACCCGCAGAGGUGGAUGGCGUGGCUGAGGCGGAAGUACUUCAACAACCCCUGGCUUGCCGUCGGUCUCCUAGCGGCUGUCAUUGGACUAGUUUGCGCCAUCGUCCAGGCAGUCUACUCUGUUUUGAGCUACAAACAUGGAUGAAACUAGAUGGUAUGGCGCGCCCGCCCUA